CCAGAUUAUCACUCUUUGGAAGAGCAAAUAUUUGUUGAAAACCUUCUAUAUGGGACAGACAUCUUCCUCUGGUUUUUAAACCUAGUUGAUUGAGAAAAGUAACAGAGGAGCUACCUAAUAGAAACAAAAGAACUCCUUACUGGAUGUCAACAUGAAAACAGGAAUUUACCUACUUGUCUUAAGUGAAAUAUGUGUUGAAAUCAGCAAAGCCAGCAUCAAACUUAAAACUCCACAGAAGGAAAAAGAGAAUAAGUUUUGGGAAAUAAAUAAUAAUGUUAAUAUUGCCGAAGACUGGCAUAAUCAUAAAAAUAUGUCCAAACCUUUUGAAAAGCAAGGUCUUGAAGAUUUCACUCUUUACAAUUUCACUGAAAAGACUGCAAAUUUUGGAUUUAACCUCUACAGAAAAAUUGCAAUGACACAUGAUAACAAUGUCAUAAUUUCUCCCCUUUCCGUAUCAACUCUCAUGACUGCAUAUAUGCUGGCAGCCAAAGGGGAAACACACAGACAAAUAGCAAAAGGUCUAAACCUCCAUGCUUUGAAGGACACAGUGGAUCGCCAUCAUUUACCAGCUUUGUUUAAACAACUGAAAGAUAACAUCACAAUGAAUGAUGAACUUCUCGUGCAAGGUACUCUUUCUUUCAUCCAAAAAGACUUUAGACUCAAGGAGUCUUUUCUCAACUUAUCUAAGCAGUAUUUUGAUAUGGAAUUCCUGAGAGUUGACUUUCAAAACUUUACACAGGCAAAACUUGUCAUAAAUCAAAAUAUUAAAAAAAGGACAAAAGGAAAAAUCCCAGAGCUUUUUGAAGAGCUUGACCGUCAUACUAAGCUGCUUCUUGUGGACUACAUUGUCUUUAAAGGGAAGUGGGUCUAUCCAUUUAAUUCCAAAUUCACAGAAAUGGAGACUUUCCACAUAAACAAAUACCGAAGCGUACAGGUACCCAUGAUGUUCAAGUCAGACAAAGUUAAUUCAACUUUUGAUGAGAAUUUAAGAUGCACUGUGAUAAAGCUUCCCUACAAAGGGAAAGCCCACAUGCUGAUUGUCAUCCCAGAAAAGGAGGGAGAUUACAUUUCACUUGAAGACCAUUUGACUACAGAGGUUGUGGAAUUCUGGCUUGGAAACAUGAAAACCAGAAAAGUGGAUAUUUCAUUUCCAAAGUUCAAACUAGAGCAAAAAUACAAACUGAAGAAAUUGCUUCAUGCUCUUGGAAUUAAAAAUCUCUUUACACGUAUGGCAGACCUUGGUCAUCUCACAGAUCAAGGAUAUGUAGCCGUUUCACAGGUUGUCCAAAAGGCAGUAAUUGAAGUGGAUGAAGAAGGAACUGAGGCCACAGCAGCUAGUGGGUCAGAAAUCACUGCAUUCACAGUGCCUCCUGUCAUCAAGGUGGACCGACCAUUCCUUUUUAUGAUUUUUGAAGAAACUUUUAAAACAUUACUGUUCAUUGGCAGGGUGGUAGAUCCAACAGAAAUGUGAAUAAAGGUAACACUUUCUAUUGUGGGCUACGUAAGAGGCUUUAUUUCUAUUUUAUUAAUUUACAUUAAAAUAAAAAGAUGGUGAAGUAUGAAAA